ACACACCCCUAAAAACACGUAGACAGGACACAAAUUGGCCAGAAUCACUCGAUCUUCAGCCGAGGCAACACCGCCAUGUCUGCCUCCGUUUUCUGUUCGAAGAAAACGGAUAUGAAGACGCCGCCCCAUGACCACGCCCCUUUUGCGCUCUCGAAGCCCGCCCAGUUACUCAAGUGGGCGGGGCUUGUGGCGAUAGUGGGCGUGUUUGCCUUGCCGUUAGUGACCGCCCAACAUGGUGCUUUUGUUGGUAUUCCUGGGGACUAUUGUGGAUACAGACGCCCAUCCGAGUGCUGCGACGGCCGCUACGACGAGUGCUCCGUCCCUAUAAUGGGGACACUCUGCUACUGCGACCAGUUCUGCAACCGCACCUACAACCCCGACUGCUGUCCUGACUACUGGGAGGUGUGUCUCGGCGUCACGCCCACGCCCGCGCCCAUCAGAACGUGUUUUAAGGAUGGCGUUUACAUUCCGAGCGGGAAGAGCUACAAGUUUAACUGCAAUGAAUGUGAAUAUUACAGCACUCUGGCACAGAGUCCGGGAGACUCCGUUGGUCCAGGACUCUCCUUUAUUCGUAGCAUUGAUUUGUACGAAAAUGAAAUUGCAGAGGACUUCGUUGUAUCACCCUUUGGUCAACAGAAAGGACCCGACCAUUGGAGUGUACAGAGUGUAUUUUUCGUCCUUGUAGGCAAAGUGGUACAAUGA